CCUCUAAAUUACCUGAAAGAAUCCUCUAUGACCUGUCUAUAUAAAGAGCUCGUAGCAUCAUACCAAGCAUCAUCAACUAGUUUGAUAUUCUGAUCAGUACUCUGCAAGGAUCUGUGCCUGUGUGACCAUGAAGACAUUUCUCUGGCUGCUUUUAGCUCUUUUUGGAGUGGCUUUAGUUUCUUCUGUAAAUGUAACCUGUGCCAAUGAUGAAAUAGCUGACAGCACCAACACUGCCUGCAACUGUAAUCCAUCACAAUACAACUCAUCAGGGACUCCACCAGCACCAAUCCUUCAGUGCACUGGUGGAAACAUGAAGAUAUCCAUAUCUAAAUGUCAACUGGAGAUUAGUAAAUUUAACUCUUCCAAUUUACAUUUAAAUAACUCAACUGAUGUCAACUGCGCAGCAACAUAUGAGAUUAUCAAUGGUACUUCCCAAGUGGUUUUUAUAUCACCGCUGAAAACUGGCUCCUGUGGUAAUGUAGUAGCAGUAAAUAAUAGUAACGUUACUUACAGUAAUACUUUGUACAUUAGUCCCAAGAUAAGUACGAUAAUAAGCAGAAAUUAUUUCAAUGUGAGCUUUUCUUGCUCCUUCCCACUGAACAUUUCAGUUGCUCUUAACACAACCUUAAAACCGAUAAUAGGGUCCACACAGAUAACUGUCCCUGAGGUAAAUGCUGUGUACACAGUAAACAUGGCGGCUUAUGUAAAUGAGGAGUUUUCAUCACUAUUGACAGAGGAAUAUGUACUGUAUGUGGAAGACAAUGUAUAUAUUUCAGUGAACAUACCUGACUUGGACGGGAAGGCAUUUUCACUCAUAGUGGACAGUAUAUAUGCAUAUCCAGAUGACAGUAACACCAUAUCAUAUGCGCUUCUUUCCAAUGGAUGCCCAGCUGGAGAUCUUACUAGUGGUCUAAUGUCUGUGAUAAAUAAUGGAAAUGGUACUGAAGCACGUGUCAUUAUGAAAGCCUUUCAAAUUACUGGCUCAAACACUGUCAAUCUUCGUGCAGUAGUAAAAAUCUGUAAUGCCACCUGUGUUCCGAACUGUAAUGUCAGAGCUGAUUCUUCAGCUGGAUCAGCUAGAUCGCAGAAUAGUGCAGACGUUACGUUGACAUUAAGUGCAGAAAAUGUAUCUGGCGAUUCAUCAGGCGCUCUUGACAGAUUUUCCAUGCCCUGGACUUUUUGUUUACUUCUCAUGUCUCUAAUGUUUGUUAGCUUCAUGUAACAUUGUUACAGACCCUCUAAAUAAUGCAGGCUGUGCCACGUUUCCAAUAUUUAAAAUUCUUCUUUUGUAUAUUAGCUAUCUUAAUUCAGCUUAAUAAUUAUCAUUGCUGACGUUAUUAAAGACUUAAACAGUGCUGGGCCUUGUCCUGUCUCAGUAAGUAUGUCAAGCUGGACAUGAUUCUUUACAAAAAUUUGGAACGUUUUAAAUUUUUAUCUAUGAGGUGCAUUUAUUUAUUUUACCUAUCCCUUUCUGCUUUCUGCACACUGUAUACAUUUAUUAUAUAUUUUCUAUCACAUAAUAAAUUGCAAAGUAAUAAUA